GUGAGUGAGUGAGUGAGACAGAGCGCGCGUCGUAGUAAAGUGCGCACUACCAUGAAGUUCUGUUUGUAACUUAAUUGUAAUUACUUGCUCGACUGCGAGAGGAGGAAGUGAGGGUUUAUCGGGUUUCCUACGGCAUCCGCGGACAUUUAAAAGAGGAUUUUGCUCUGUCUCGGGGUCAAGAGCGAUGUCGUCCGCGGCGGUAGCUGCUUCGAGGAGGCAGUCGUGUUAUUUAUGUGACUUGCCCCGCAUGCCGUGGGCUAUGAUCUGGGAUUUUACCGAGCCCGUCUGCAGAGGAUGUGUGAACUACGAAGGAGCCGACAGGAUCGAGUUUGUCAUCGAAACGGCCAGGCAGCUCAAAAGAGCGCACGGGUUUCAGGAGGGCAGGUCGGCGGGACCGGGGAAACAGCUGCCGGGGAAGGACAUUCAGUCGCUGAAUCACGCACCGGGAGACCCGGGCUCGCGCCCGCCUCAGCCCCUGGAUCGCUACCCGCUCUCCUCGGAGCGUCCGCCUAGACUGGGACCCGAAUACCAGUCUGCACGGCAUGCAAACGGAUUCUCAAAACCGGACGAUCCGCCGGAGCUCAACCGCCAGAGUCCGAACCCGCGCAGGACUACCGGCGUUCCCCCCAAUCUCGUACCAUUGGUGAACGGCAGUAUGGCUCACGCAAUGAACGGCAGACCGCAGAUUUCGGGUCUCAGCCCCGCGGAGCUCGGCGGGAAUAAGCGGCCAUCCUCCGUCUCCAGCACGGAGCACGACAAGGACAAGCACAGACCCGACAGUAUGACACCGGAGAUCGGCGACAACCACAAGAACCGGGCGGAUGACUGGAUCAACAAGAACAAAACGGUCCGGGAUCUAAUGGCGCUCAAUCCGUACGACGGCAGAUUCAAGAAGGAGCACAUGCAACAACAGCGGGUCAUGUACGAAACCAGCGCGCCUGCAUCCAAAUCAGAUAGAGGCAAACAUCCCAAGAAUCUGAAGCGAAAAGCCUCUCCAGAGCCGGACGGGGAGAGCCCCGCCGGGAAGAUAAACGGAGACGGGCAGCAGUGGCUCCCGGCGUCAGGUGACGGCUUGAAAAUGCCUCCAGGGCCCCCAUCCAGCUUCGCCCCCCCUCCAUCCAUGAUAUCCCCGCACCCUCGCACCACCCCGCCGGAGGCUGCGGCCACCGGUGCUCAGAACGGACCGUCUCCCAUAGCGGCGCUCAUUUUGGCCGCGGACAACGCCGGGGGAAACAGCUCGCCGAAGGACGCCAACCAGGUCCACUCGACCACACGCAGAAACAGCAGCAGCCCGCUGUCCCCCAACCAGCGCCGGCUGGCGCAGAGGGAAGGCUCGGGCGGGGGGACGCCGCACGUACCUGGCAUGGAUCCGCUGCAUCCUCAGAGCAUCCCGGACUCGUCGGUUCCCAGCAGCAUUCCGUUGUGCUGCACACUGUGCCACGAGCGGUUGGAGGACACACACUUUGUACAGUGCCCGUCGGUGCCAUCACACAAGUUCUGCUUCCCGUGCUCCCGGGAAAGCAUCAAACAGCAGGGUGCAACGGGAGAAGUGUACUGUCCAAGUGGGGAGAAAUGCCCGCUGGUGGGCUCGAAUGUACCGUGGGCUUUCAUGCAAGGUGAAAUAGCCACGAUUCUUGCAGGAGACGUCAAAGUAAAAAAGGAGAGGGACCCUUGAUUUUUUUUUUUUUUUCUCCUUUCACAUUUUUUGAAAGUAUUUCAAAAUAUUGGUCUAUAUAAAUAUGAAUAUCACAUGCAUACCAUCCAAACAGAAACUAACAGACUUGUAUAUAAUGGACAUAAGGGACGUGCAUACUUGGUAAACAUUGCUGUAAAUUUUUUUGAUUUUUUUUAAUACAUUGUGUUUCUAUAUUUUUCGAAGAUAAAAGGUAUGUACUCAUAAUGGACUACGUUCCUCUUUGUCGAUGUUUAAUAACGAUUUCUUGAUGUACUUUUAGGUAUGGUGGCAGUUCCUGUUAAACGUAGAAUGUGACUAAUGCAAGUCUACGAGCACUUGGCAAAAAAUGAAAAAACGCUUCUAGCUGUACUUGUAUGCACUUGUUUAAUAUUGCCAAAUACAUUUUCUGAUCUUGUAUUAA